AUGUACGUGGGCUAUGUGCUGGACAAGGACUCGCCGGUGUACCCCAGCCCCGCCAGGCCCUCGAGUCUCGGCCUGGGCCCACAAGCCUAUGGCCCCCCGGCCCCGGCCCCUGCGCCCCCGCAAUACCCCGACUUCGCCAGCUACACACACGUGGAGCCGGGCCCCGCGCCCCCUGCGGCCUGGAGCGCGCCCUUCCCCGCGCCCAAGGACGACUGGGCCGCCUAUGGCCCUGGGCCCGCGGCCCCGGCCGCCAGCCCAGCUCCGCUGGCAUUCGGACCCCCUCCGGACUUUAGCCCGGUGCCCGCGCCCCCAGGACCGGGCCCCGGCCUCCUGGCGCAGCCCCUCGGCGGCCUGGGCGCCCCGUCCUCGCCAGGAGCGCAGAGGCGGACGCCCUACGAGUGGAUGCGGCGCAGCGUGACAGCCGAAGGAGGCGGUGGCAGCGGUAAGACUCGGACCAAGGACAAAUACCGAGUGGUCUACACAGACCACCAGCGCCUGGAGCUGGAGAAGGAGUUCCACUAUAGCCGCUACAUCACCAUCCGACGGAAAUCAGAGCUGGCUGCCAACCUGGGGCUCACUGAACGACAGGUAAAGAUCUGGUUCCAAAACCGUCGAGCCAAGGAGCGCAAAGUGAACAAGAAGAAGCAACAGCAGCAGCAGCAAGCACCCCCGCAGCUACCACCGGCACUGGACACCCUGGAUGGCACCCCCACCUCAGCCGGGCCACCCCUGGGGGUCCUGGGCCCCAGCACUGCUGGCCUCCUGGGUGCUUCCUCCCCAAUGCCUGUCAAGGAGGAGUUUCUGUCCUAGUCCCUCCCAGUCAUGUGGCUCGGAGGACCUGGGCAUGCAGGUGCCGGGACAGAGCUUCUGAUGGGGUUCAUGACAUAAGGCCUGGUCUUAGCUCCAGCCGUGCCUCUGUCACCAUGGCCAAGGAUGAGUCACUCACCCACUCCCUGCAUCCCCUUACCCCUGUGAAUGGAGAGCCUUUUGGCCGAAGACCUCUUCAGGCUCCUAUGUUCUAGGCCCCAGGGGGAUAAGGGAGCCUAAGGUGGGAGUCUCAAUCUCAGGGGACAUUGCAAGCCCCAGAGGGUUGAGUAAAGGCCCAGGACAAGGCCCAUGGCCCAGAGGCUCAAGGGGUGAGGCGGGAGGUGCUGUAAAGAGCAGGUAGAACCUGGAGAAAGGGGACACGGCUGAGUGAAGCUGGGAUACUUGCAGGUGUGUCCACUCCCACCUGCCCCUUCCUGCAGCCCCACCUCCACCUGCGCAUCAUAGCUUGCCCACCCUCCCCAGCCUGGGUGCUGAUAUAAAGCCACCCAGAGGCGAGGCUCUGAUGAGUGUUCUCUGACUUGCAGAACCCUGUCCACUUGCUAGCACUGGCAGGAAGGCCUGGCAAUGCAGGGAGGGGGGGAAGGGCAGAGUGCACCCGGAGGGUCCUACCACCCAUCAGGCUGUCCAUCAGGGCCUAGGCCCCAGGGAACCCCAGAGACUGUCUCUGCACCAAGCAGAGCUUGCAGCCGGACAGAUGUUUAAUACAGUGAAUCUCUUGGAUGCAGCUUCAAGAAUAAAUU